AUGUUUAAAAGUAAGCCUACACCUACAUCUGCAACGCUAUCAUUUACUGAUAUUUUAUCAGACUUAACAAGGUUGCAAACAUAUCAUCAAACACAUACUGGAGAAAAAAUUGAUGUAUUAGAAAUAAUUAAAACCGAAAAACCAAUAGAAGAUUCUAAAGGACCGACACAAAUAAAUACAAUGACAAAAACGUUAUUACCAACGUUUUUAAAUAAUACUAGUGAUGCAUCAUUAGAAGUUAUUUCAAGUACUUAUGAUAUUAUAACUAAUUUUAUUAGGGUUAAUGAACAAUUGUUUAAAACUCGAAAAAAUUUGGAUGGAUUGGGAAGUGAAAUAGAAGUAUUUAGAAAAGAAUUAUGUGGAACUAUCGAUACUCUAAAUAAUAGUGAUUUUGUUAAUGAAGAAGGGAAGAGGGAGAGAGAUAUCAGUAUAGAAGAAAAGUUAUAA